AUGACGGCCAAUACUUCAUGCACCCCCCCUUCGUUGUGUUGUGCCUGUGCUUCCGCCCCUCCCUCUUUUUACGUGACCCAGCGGCGCUUAUCUGAUCUGGAGUCCUUGGCUGACCUCACUACUGUGUGCGAGUUCGUGGAGAGGACCGUGCACGACAAUGCGGUCGAGGGUAUAACCUGGGGCGGCGGACGUCUAACAGACCUUGUUUCCAGCGAGUGGCAAACACCAGUUCUCAGUCACCAGUGUCCAAUCCGUCAACAGUGCCAGGUAUUUGUGCGCGCGUGCUCGUUGAAGUCAGACAUUCAGUGCGUGAAUUACCUACCCCGCUUUCGCUUCCAGGCAAAACCAAGUCAUACCACGCGCCUCCUCGUCAAGCGGUCUGACCAGUACAGGCCGUAA